UUUUAACGUAAAUAAAAACUUGAAUAUAUUUACCAAUAUUUUCUAUAAAAGGUUCCAUCCUAUCAACAAUUUGAUGCAUUAAGAGAGACGCAUCAUAGGAGAGAGUACCAUAAAAUGGCUCAAGCUGUAAACUGGUCAAACUUAACAAGAAAAGUGUUUAUUUUACUUGCCGUAUGCGCCUUAGGUAAUUCGGUUUUAGCUAAUGAUCUGGACUCAAUUAAAUCAGAAUUGCACGACGUAAGAUCGAACGGAGGUGGUUUGAGCUCUAGUGGAUUGCCUCUGGGCUCGACAAAUGACAUCAACGGCAGAAGCUUAUACGCUAAUCAUCGGAGGAUGGAUCGUAUGUAUGGAUUUGGUCCGAAAAUGUUGCAGAUAUCUCGGUCAAAAAUACCAAUUGAGUUAGAUUUGUUGGUGGAAAACGAAGAUGGUGAUCGAUCAAAGCGCUUUGACGACUAUGGUCAUAUGCGUUUCGGUAAGCGAGGUGGCGAAGACCAAUUCGAUGACUAUGGCCAUAUGAGAUUCGGAAGAAGUGCUUAAACAUUAACGUAACUACUUAUCGAUUCUCCAAAUCUUGACGACUUUUGUUUAUCAAUAAAUACAAUGUAAAGAAUUAACAAAUAUAAGUAACACAU